AUGGGUGGCUAUAUGUACCGGCCUUUGCAACGAGCAGACUCGAUCAGGAUCCUUCUUUUGGAGCCUGCCUCGGAUCGGGCGGCUGUUCUGCGUGGUUCCCUCUGCGAUGUCAGUCUGAUCAACCAUCACCAAGACACCAUCGAUGGCUACACAGCAUUGUCGUAUGUCUGGGGAGACUCCGCGGCUACAGGCACAAUCGUGCUUGGGGGCACCGAGGUUAUAAUCACGCUAAACUUGAGCUUGGCUCUUCAGGAUCUGCGUGACACCGCCAGGGUACAUCGCAUCUGGGCAGACGCGCUAUGCAUAGAUCAGAGAAAUGUAGACGAGCGUAAUAGCCAAGUUGCAUUCAUGGCAAGGAUCUACUCCAUGGCGACACAUACAAUUAUAUACCUAGGACCCCUCACACGAGAGAUUGACGUGCUUUUCCAUGCCAUUCGGCCUGAUGUCCUCGAGUAUCUUAGCUCGUUGGCCCGCGGAAAGAGUCACGCUCAGUUGAGAAAAGAAUGGAAGCGGCUUGGCUGGUUCAAUGAGCAGCUGGUGCAUACGGCCAUGGUGGAAUUAGUGCAGCGACCUUGGUUUGGACGCGUCUGGGUCUUGCAAGAAGUCGCCGUGUCGAAAUCGCCUUCCAUUCAAUGCGGCGUGCGACGGGUGCCGUGGUCAGAUCUCUGCCUCCUUAUGCUUCUUUCGCCAUUUCAAAUGUCGUUCAAAAAUACAGAGCUACUGCAGCUCAGAGCGAUGAACAAUACUCGAGACUCGUUCCAUAACCUGCACUACGCGCGUCGGGCUACGUUGUGGGAUAUUUUGGGUCGCCGAGCUGGAGCUCGGGCAAGCGACCCUCGAGACAUGAUAUUUGCGCAUAUGAGCAUGCUUGCUGAUAGAGAAGAAUUACAGAGAUACAUUAGAUUUGAUUACUCAGUAGAUGUGGCCGAAGUCUUCGCCGCAGCGGCUCGUUACUGCUCUGAAACCAGCGGUACCGCUUCUAGAAUUCGGCGCCCCCUAUCUGACCUAUUCAGUUACAUAACCAAUUCCCCCCUCAGACCUCACCUUCCGUCCUGGGUCCCAGACUGGGGUGUAAUUUCCCCUUGGGCCGGGAUACCAAGCAGCGUGCUCCAAAGUCCAGACCGCGUAGCCAAAGGUGGUCUGAGCAAUUUGCUGGUUACCGCAAGAUCGAGACCAUAUCAAGUUGUCUGUGUGACUGGUAUCUUGCCAUCUUCAUCUGAGUACCCAUCAGAACUAUUGACGGAAAUUAAUGUGGCACAUGAAAUUCUCGUGGAACCCGAUCCGGAUAACAGCCCCAAGGCAUCAAUGUCUGACCGGCAGAUCGAAUUCAUAAAAGUUGUGCGUGAAAUAUGGAUGAAGUUCACCAGACCUCUCAUGGAACAUGGUGCUGCCAACAUUGCACACGAAAUCGGCGAUUACGCUCCAGAAAGAACAGAUAUUACUGAUUUGUAUCAGUGGACACACAUACUCAGAAGUAUGAGGCUUUAUCUCCUCUUUAAUAAAGAUGCUUCCCAGUGGACUAGUGACGGCAGGUUCUUUUCCCCAUAUCAGGGUCAAAAAAGGCUCGGGCGGCUAGAAAACGGUGCUACUUUGGUGCUGCCACCGGGAGCCAAGGUUGGGGACUUUGCUGUCUGUCUGUACCCAUUCGGUCCAGAUUUUCAAGUCCCCCAUCACGAGCUCGGAAGUGUCCGCUCUGUUACAGUUACGGGAGGGACUGAUCGAUGGCUGGACCAAAUCUUCCUUGUUCGACAGCACACCGCGAAACUCAACAGGAACCAGAACAGCUUGAUUCGUGAACAAUUCUCGAGAGCAAAGCACAAGCCCGGCCACAGACGAGUGGACCCGCAAGAUUCUGCGGACUCCGAUUACCAUGCGAAGGGAUGGAGGUUGUUAUGGCGGCUGAAAAUAGAACACUAUACGCUGGUAGGGCAGUGUGGCGGAAUAGAGACCGUGAAAGCAGCCGCAUGGUAUCGGGACGUGCGGGCCAUACCACCACGCAUUCAACAGCAACACUGGUCGAGGUUAAGGUCGAAGAAUUGCGAUAAGCGCCUUCCGCAGAGCAAGUAUAUCUCGGGUCAUACGAGAAAAUAUAGGCAUUGUCUGCGUGGAAAAUGUCCUCGCCUUGUUAUCACGACAGACGGCGACACUAUGAAAUUACAACAUGCAUGUAUGGUUAGUGAUAAUGAUAUAAAAUACAAAGUCGUGGGAAGAUCAUUUUAUCGGAAGAUUUCAUACGGUUCCUUAGAAGUUGGCCACCUAUUGAUGUGGUCAGUAAUCGGUUAUGACAGUACCUCUAGCAGGACCACUCACCAUCAUAGACGGAAAACCUUGCGACCAGUGCAGAUAGCCCGACAAGCUGGCGACCCGGUAGGAGCCAAGCAGUCUGGUCUGCUUCCGCCAUUCGCCAACAGGGAGAAAUCGAGACACGAUCUUCCCAAUUCGUUAGUUGGCAUUGAUGAUGGCAUGAGUUGCAAGUGCUAUGGUAGAUCAUGGAUAAUGUGGAUUGGUCCUCGUCGCAGCACGUCUCAACAACUCGAAGAAUACGCGUCGAGCAAUAUGAUACAGGCACUGGUGUGGCGACUCUGA